AUGCAAUUUGAAAGCCAAGAUCAAUUUGACAUUCAUCCCCCUGUUUACGUACCAGAUGUCAUGCCAAUCAAUCAAGCAUCACAUGUUAAAAAUACAGACGCAUUUAUGUCUACCAUGAGCAACCUGUCCUCUCCAGAAGUAUAUUCCCCCGGUGGUGAUUUACAAUAUUCCUGUGAUAGCCUUACUGUAUCUUUCAGUCAUGCUAGCCUCAACAGUCAGUUUGGCCUCCCUUACUUUGAGUCACUUGAUGAAAGUGACGAUGAACAACAGCUCAUAUGCCCUUCCCCUGAAACUAUCUUGUUCUACGAAAUGCUUCAUGAUUAUCCUAACUUGUCCACCUUUAUCUGCCAUAGGGAAUUUGGCACCUUUUGUUACCUUUGGCUAGAGCUGCAACGUGCCAUUUUUCUUGCAAAGGAGCCCAAGUAUCGCCCGCAUAUUUUAUCCUGGCUCAAGUCUGCUGCUCUACAGAUUCAUUUUAUGCUAGUCUUUAUUGUUAAAUCAAAUCCUGGUAACAAUGACAUGAAAUCUGAAGCACGCUGUAUUUUUUCUGCUUUUAGGCGCUUAAAAGACCGUAUAGAAAUCAUGCAUCAAGUCUUUCAGCUCAUCGAAAAUGGUCGCGUCUGGUUUAAUCAGAGUCCCCUAGAAGCCAUUAGUCCUUUGGUUGAAGCUGCCACAAAGAUAAAGAAAGAGAUAAACUACUUUUCAAACAACUCCGACGUAAUUCCUGUGAUCGGCAUGGCAAGUGGUGUAGACUUGGUUAGUCCAGACAAAGUAAGCUUCCAUGAACUCUCAAACCGUGUGAUUCAUACAUACAACAUUAUGCCUUACAACAAAAUGAUACUAACAAAAGGCUCUCUUACUGAUGAUCCUUGCCAACAACCUGACACGUACCAAAAGAGUGAGUCUAGCAAAGCGCCAUUUUCUCAUAUCCAACCCUCUUGGAUUCACGACGGAUGGUCUCUACCUGUAACACCUUCUGUUGAACAACAUCAACAUCUUUUUUUUUCUCUUCCCACCUCUCCCACGUGUAUUCAACAAGAACAGUUUAAUGGAGAAGACUCGACCUAUAUCAAGUAUGAUCUAUCAUUUUCUCCAGGAUCUGUUUGCGAGAGGCUUUCGCCCAACAACACAGUGAGCGAUGAUACUGAUUAUGAUGACCGGCUAUCUAAGACUGAAAAGGAAGACGACGAAUACAUUGUUUCAGAAGCAGAUGAAGAUGACGAUAUUUGGAAUGAAUGUGCAAAGAGAAAAUCAAGGCGAACUGGAUCCAAUCGUAGAGCUUCAUCAACCAAUUCAAGUCAAAAUCAAGAAAACGCACGCUUUUCCCGAGGAAAGAAAGAUAGUCAUACUAGUAAAGGGAUCGAAAGAAAAUAUACACGUCGCACGGCUACCUCAUAUGAUGCACAGACAACCCAUUAUCUAAAGACUAUUUUCUUUGAUAUCUAUAGUAGCCGGGAUAAAUUGACAAAAGAUCAGCGACGACAGGUUCAAAAAGAGACAGGUCUCAAGCCACGCAAUAUUACUUAUUGGUUUUCGAAUCAUAAGCGUCGAUUUCAGACCUCAUUGGCUGUAUUUAGACGUGUAGUAGGACAAAGUGGAGGCCAAGUCAAGACAUACGAUGACUUUUUGGCAUGGAGGCAAGCUCAUGGUCUACCUGAAGAAGUCUUAGAAGAAGAACUAGAUGAUAAAACAGAUCCUAUAGAAACACCUUAG